AUGGCGUCUGACAAGGUUACAGACAACUAUGUGCAGUCAGCCAUAGCACGCUUUGAUGGUCAUUAUGAUCAUUGGAGCAUGUUGAUGGAGAAUUUUCUGAGGUUUAAAGAAGACUGGACUCUUGUGGAAACCGGAAUUGUAGAGCCGGAAAGUGAAAUUGUAGAGCCGGAAAGUGGAAUGGUGUUGACGGAGCUACAACAAAAGAAAUUGGAUGAAUCCAAGCUGAAAGAUCUGAAGGUGAAGCGUUCCAUUCUACAAGCACUGAGGAAAGAUUUUGAGACUCUUCAGAUGAAACAAGGAGAGUCUGUCAAUGAUUAUUUUUCAAAAGCCAUGGCAAUUGCAAAUAAGAUGAGUAUCCAUGGCGAGAAGAUGGAAGACGUGACCAUCGUAGAAAAGAUCCUGCGAUCUAUGACUACAAAGUUUGAUUACGUUGUGUGCUCCAUUAAGAAGUCCAAUGAUGUUGAGCAGCUUUCAAUUGACGAGUUGCAGAGUUCCUUGCUUGUCCAUGAGCAGAAGAUCAAUCGGAGUACAUCUGAGGAACAUGCCUUGAAAGUUUCAACAAAUAGCGAUUCUUCGGCAUCAAGAGGUCGUUGUGGUCGUGGACGAGGACGUGGUAGAGGUGGCAGCCAUGAAAGAGGUCGAGGUAGCAAAGAUGGGAACAAAUCCAAUGAUGAUUCCAGCAACAAAGACACUUAUGAUUCCGGCAGCAGCAAUAGAGGCUAUAAUAAUUCUGGAGGUAACAGCAGUAGAGGCCAAAGGCAGCCAUACAAUCAUGAUUUGAAUGUCGACAAAUCAAAUGUCGAGUGUUUCAGGUGUGGCAAUUAUGGUCAUUACAGGUCUGAAUGUUACACAAAUAUGAAUAAAGCAAAGGGUGCAAGGGCUAAUUUUGCAUAG